GGAGACCUCGCCUGGUUUUGGUUCUAUGUUCAAUCAGUACGAUGCAAACACUGGUCGCGGCAAAGUCGACGCGCAGGUACUGGCAGCGCAUGCUACAGGCGUAGAGAACAUCAAGAACAUCUUGGAAUUUGGCUUCAAGCGGCCCACGAAGACCAACACGUACAACAUUAUGCGAACAGCAUCAAGGUUGUAAAUGUAUUCUAAGAGAGAAGUUAGUAGAUGUAGAAUUAUCAGAGUCUGAAGAAGAACAACAAAAACUCAGAAGUUGAAUUUCAUUGUAACUUUUACUUCUAUGGUGCAGGUCUAUGUCAAUAUUAUCAUCGAAGUUAAUGCCUGUGAUAUAUGGCAUAACACUAUGCAAAAAGCGAGCAUAGAAAAGUGCUUUUUUAGCCAAAAAACGCACAUAAAAUUCAGGAAUCAGUUGGGAAGUAGUCGUCUCAAUAUGAACAAGUUCACUCUGAGACGAAUAACGUUACAAAGAAAAAGACGCUUUUUAUUGUAACAUCAACCGGAUCUGCAAUAUUGAGGGGAAAGCUCCUGAGAUGUCUUUCUGUAGCUUUAAUGUUGAUCAAGAUAGGUCAUUUUCUUGUAUUUUUGUGUUGCUUGCUCUAACAAAGAACUACAGGGAGAUAAUAGUUAUGUAGAGGGUCAACAGUACGCGAUCGAUCAGUGGAUGUUCCAGCCGGAUCAGUUCAAAGCACUGGGCGAUGGCCUUUUUCUUACGACGAGCUGGCUGAAGAUGGACCAGUACACCACUCCUUUUGAUUACACAAACGCGGAGCUGAAAAAAGUUCUACAGGAAGCACAAGAGAAGAUCAGGAACCACAGCGUCGAAACUGGUGACAAGACUGAAGCGAUGAAGGACACGACUGCUGGUCCUGACGGAUGCCCUGUGCAACGCUUGAAGCAAUUUUAUCAAAAAAUCCGUUACUUCUUGGAUACAGCUUCGGCAGACUUCCUAGCCACAACAGUUGGUGCGAACUUUCGCUUGGAUCUUCUAGCCAACGAAAGCGAGACUGGUGGUAACGAUACAUUUCGCAAAGUAAAGUAUGCGACCUCGACCAAGGUAAUCCGCGACCCGCGCUUCGGCUUUGUGACGAAGGCUAGUGUCCCGCAGUUCCGCACGCUUCUCGCGGGAGUGGGCGACGUUCAUGCGGCAACACCGCUUGGCAAAACCGCGCCACCUGUGAAAGUCCCGAUGAAGACCUGGGUGAAGGCGUACAACAAUUGGGUUCAUAAGACGGUAAAGAAGCUUACGGACAUUCAGGAAAAGGUGGACGCCGCGGUGUUGAAGGGGACUGAGCCGAUGAUGAGGCGUGAUGGUGUCAUUGCAGCAACUUCUACAGCUACAGGUGUAGUAAACCUUCAGGAAAGAACAUUUCUCGGCAAACAACAUGGUGGAAAUUCUGUGGAACACCUGCAUCAGGUGUGCGAAAUUUCGCAUCCUACAGAGGCUGAACUGCCCAUGAUUCCGGAAAAGAUUUACACACACAAAAACCCAUUCUCUGACGAGGAAACCAGAAAAAACGUUGAAACCGCUGCAAGAAAGUGGACGGAGCGCCUGGACACGUUGGAGAAUUUAAAACUGGAGAAAGAUGCACAUGGCGUGACGUACAUCAGCACAACCUGGUCUGAUAAGAACCAGUACCAAACUGUACUGAAGGACAACCCGGAAUUGAAACAUCGACUCAUGCGAUUGCCGGAAGGCAGCACAACUGUGGAAGACGAAGAGACAUUGGACCCGCGAUUGACCGCAGACUAUUGGUAUGCUUCUAAUCCACUGCGAAAAGGCGAGCACGACGCUAAGGUUAGCCCCUUUGCUCCAUUCGGUCCGCAUCAAGAGGAACUGAACAUUGGGUCUCCUGAGAAGGCGAAGCCCUGCUGGAUGGUCGAGUACAAGAUGGUCACAAAGCGAGAGUACAACGACCUCCUGUUGGGAAAAGGAAAAGAGGGUGCCGCGAGCGGCGAAGAGAUUGCGAACUUGUUCAAUGGAGGAGAUGAGGAUGAGAUGAAGUACAAGAUUGAGGAACUGACCAGAGAUAACUGGGGAUCUUCAGGGGUUUCAUCUGGAUCUGCCAGCAUCGCUGCACAGUACAUUGGUCGCAUGGUCGAGAAUCGUGACACACCUUUUACACCAAUGGAGCUGCCUCAAUACGAUGAGCAAGUUAAAAAUAUUAAGGGUACAGGUUAAAGGUGCUUUUCUUACCGCUUUUUAUGCCUCUCUCCCCUAGGAUGAGAAAGGCAUAACAAUCGGGUUAAGCGGGCACCAAAAACCUACCUCUAAAAAUAUGAGCGAAGGAGCCGGCGACAGGCUCGUUAUCAACACAAAUAUGUACUUGGCGGGUGCCGAUCGGGAUGUGAAGUCGAUAGGAGUAUUAGCGAAGCCAAACCCACAGGAACUAGACCCUCUGAAGGGUACGCCUCGUGAUUUUGAAACGGUAACGCUGGUUCCUUUCGUGGUGCGAAUCUUUCGUGUGGUUGACGCCAAGGACUCGCGGCCGGUUUGCUUGGCGGAUGCUGACAAGAAUGUGCUAGAUUUACGGCUUCCCCUAAUUUUCCAUCUUCGGAAGCAUUCUGAAGCUGUCCCAUAAGGGGAAAAACGCAUCGGGAUGCAUCUCAAGAUGGAUAAGGGUGAGCUCUAGGCUCUAAUAGAAGACUUGACAGCGUCGCCUGGCUUCGGCUCCUUGUUUAAGGCGCAAAAAGAGUUCUCAGAGGGGCAGCGGAAAUCCAUCCAAGUUUUUGCAGCACACGGAACUGGCGUCGAGAAUAUUCACGGCAUCCUGAGAGAAGGCUUCAAGAAGGGCGGUAAGGCGCGGCCAAUGCUGGGACACGGAGAGUUAAGAACAAAACGACAAUCGAAGUCGAACUUGCUAAUGUUGGAUAUCGAGGACGCUGUUGGGAACGAGAUCGUGUAUCUUAGACCUAGUUGGAUGAACAAGAGCUUUGUUGGCCUUUAUCUUUAAACGCGCUCAACCGAUUCCAACAGGACCACAAAUAUUAUUUUCCUGAUAUUACUUUGUCGUCUCUGGUAGUUAUUUUCUAGAAGCAAUCAUAGAUAAUAAUUUUGUAUUGGUUUUCAUACAUCCAGAUCCAACCUGGAACUUAUCAAAUUAUAAUUUGUUGAAGUACAUCCACACUGAUGCCCACCCUCAACCUCAUCGCUCGACCCUAGGUUGCUUAGAGGCUGGUCAUCUUUGAGAACUUCUAUGUAUUAUUCCUCUUUAGAAGGUAAUUGAAGCAGGGUACUAUUAAUAUCACGGAUCACACGCCGCAUGGUAAUUUUUUUUCUCCUAAGACACAAAAAAAGGCUGCAGCAAUGGGAGUUCCAACCCGACCAGUUUCUGACUCUUGGUGCGGGUUUGUACCUCACGACUUCCUGGUCCAAAGUUGACCAGUAUGCUGCGCCGUUCGAUACGCAAAACAAGGAUUUGACGAGCUUGCUCCUUGAGGCGAAUAAAGCUGGCGCUGGCAGCUACGAGUGGACGGCCUUGAAAAAGUAUCAACAGAAGGUGCGCUACAUGCUGAACACAAUUGCGGGUAAUAGUAAGGCGCUCGAUACACUAGCACACGCAGGCUACGUUGCACCGUCAGCGGAAGGAAUUAUGACCCUCACUAGAUCUAGACAUAAUCGAUUCUUGGCAUGAUUCUCGUGGACGUGUUUGAUUGAUUGUCAAGAUUAUUAUCUAUCAUUUCUGUGCAACCCCAGAAGAUUUAUUACCUCAAUCUUUGCAAAUGUUAAUGUCUCCACCACUCUUUUUACCUCGUUUCACUUGAAUAAUUCCACGACCGCUUCCUUAACUGAAGUAGAUGACGUCGAUUGACCUAAAACAAAUGGUGAACAUUACAAAAAGUAAGCAUAGUCUUUUAUAGAUGUUGAUGCUCAUCAAGAAAAAAGAGAGAGCAUAACCAUAAUCGAGUACAUCUACAUUAUUAAUGUCCAAUUUCUUAGUGACUGUGACGAUGAUCGUUCUAAGAAGACAGAGUUUACUCGCGGAGUACAGUACAAGGCAUCCACCAAGGCUGUGAGGGACUCACGGUUCGCGUUCGUGGCUGAAGCUGAACUCAGCAAUCCUGUCUUCACAUUGCUUGCUGGCGUGGGAGAUCUCCAUGGUAAGCGGGUUCCGAUGGUAGUCUGGAUGAAGGCGUAUAACCAGUGGUUUGAUAAUAAAGUCAAAGAACUCACCAGCCGCAUUGAUGGUGAGCAGGCGGGGAAAGGGGCGAAGCUAGAAGAUAUAAUAGAAGCUGGCCUUGCGGGAAUCAAUCUAGAAGAAAAAGAUUCGCAUCCUGAUUGUGCAUCCGCAUCUGGUUCGGCUGUGUAA